CUCCUCUUUUACGACCAGCCAGAAAGUAGACGUCGCAGUCGGUGCCGCGCUGAGCCGGGCCGUCAUGGGGAAAAUCGCGCUGCAGCUGAAAGCGACGCUGGAAAACGUCACGAACCUCCGGCCCGUGGGCGAGGACUUCCGGUGGUACCUGAAGUUGAAAUGUGGCAACUGUGGUGAGAUUUCUGAGAAAUGGCAGUACCUCCGGCUGAUGGAUAGUGUGGCAGUGAAGGGUGGCCGUCACAGUGUCUCCAUGGUCCAGAAGUGCAAACUGUGUGCACGGGAAAACUCUAUAGAUAUUUUGAGUGGCACCAUUGAAUCUUACAAUGUUGAAGACAAUGAGAAGUUCAAGACAAUAGUAGAAUUUGAGUGCCGGGGCCUUGAACCAGUUGAUUUCCAGCCCCAGGUUGGGUUUGCUGCCGAGGGUGUGGAGUCAGGGACAGUCUUCAGUGACAUUAAUCUGCAAGAGAAGGAUUGGACUGACUAUGAUGAGAAGGCUCAGGAGUCUGUGGGAAUCUAUGAGGUCACUCACCGAUUUGUGAAGUGCUGAACUCUCUUCCUACACACUUGCUCUUAAGAACGGAGAGGAAACAAAGUGCCCCAAACAGCAGCACCCAUGGAGACUGAUUCCUUCAUCCCUUAUCUGGUUGCUGUACAGAGCCUUCGCAAUCUGCAUGCUGGGUUUGUCACAGUUCCCAAGCCCCAUCAAUAAAGCCCUGUUUGUACCACA